AUGCGCUGCACUAAAAUAUUAACUUUAAUUAAUUUAAUAAGUUGCUGUAUGUUCACUUAUCAAAAAAUUGUUGAUAUCGUUAGGAGCAAGAUCGAAAAUGGAGAUUACAAUGUCUUUUAUUUCAUCGAAUCAUAUUUUAUGUACAAAAUUAAGGCUUUAGAUUAUAAAUAUGUUAUUCAAAAAAUCACUAGAGGCGGAUAUUCAAUGAGGCUUAGAGAGGUGUAUAAUAUCUCUAAGACUAAUUUUAAUAGACAAAAACUUGACUUGUGGCUGAAGAUUAUUUUAAAAAAUAUUUUUAACAAGCGUGAAAUGAAUAAUAUAAAAUUCCUUAAAUUUUCUAGUAAAGGUAGUUGGUCGAUUGUUGAUCACUACAUAUGUCAAAAAUUAAAGGAUAUCGAUAAGAUUGAUUCUUCGGUAUACAACAGUUCGGAAAAAGUUACGUUUAAUUUUAUUGAAACAGAAAAUGAUAUAUUAUAUAACUUUAUGAUGGAUUUUUAUAGUUUAAGAUAUAAUUCUUUUGGGCCAAGUAGAAGAAAUAUCGUUUGUAUUUUUGAAAAUGAUAUUUUUUACUUAUGUUUUUUUGUAAGGUGUCACCAAAAAGUUUGUUUUUUUAAGAUUGAUAUUCAACAACUUAAUCUUAAUGAUUUAUAUCAUUCAAUUAUGCAAGAUGAAAUUUUCCAGAUGAAAGAUUUUAUAAAAGAAGACAGAGCCAAUUUGGAUAUUUUACAAAGUUUUAUUACAAUACAUGAUUUGUUAACAUUAAACUUAAAUGCUGACAUUUACAAUUUUGACCUAAGUCCAAAUCAUUUAAAGUAUAACAGUACCUAUAACUUUAAUAUAAAUUAUGAUAAAAGAAAAUUUGAAAUAAUUUUGAAAAAAAAUUGUGUAAUCUUUAAAAAUUUAAAUCAAAGAUUUGCUUAUUCAUUCAAUUCCAAUUUAAAUUUAAAAAUUAAACAUCGCCAAUAUGUCUCUGUUGAAACAGUAGAGGAGUGUAAAAAUAUUUUUAAAGUAUUUUAUAAACUAAAAAAAAACACAAGUCAAUGUCCUAAAUUUUAUUACCACUUUAUAAAAAAAGAAAAUUUAUUGAAGACAAUAAUUCAACGAAUUUUGAGGAAACAAAAAUCAGGAAUUUACUUAAUAUUUAUCCAUAUAUUGGGAAAUUUAGGAAUUUUAGAUUUAUCAGAAGUUAUUUUUUCUACUCAAAAUGUGUCCAUAUCAAAAAACUUAUCUUUCAAUUUACUUUUAGAUUUUUUAUGUGAAAAACAGAUUGAAAAAAUUAUUGAGGUUUUUAAGAAAUGUGAAAAUUUUAAAAUUGGAAAUUUGAUAAAAACAAUUAUUUUUAUUGAGGCAGAAGCUUUUUGGGAAGAUUAUUGUAGGGAUAAAUAUUUUAAAAAUAGGCUUUUUGAUUUAUUGAAUAGCUUUGAAUUUAGCUCUAAUGCACAGUCUAAAAGAUCUUUAUUAGAUAUUUAUAAAAAUAUUGCUGCAUAUAAAAAGGUGCAGAGUGAAUGUAUGUGGGAAACUUUAAAAACAGUUUUUGAAGCGGCUUCUUUGGUUACAAAUAUGCAUACUAAAUACAAAAUUAAAAAUAAAUGUUUUACUAAAAGUUGGAAAGAGAUCAAAAUGCUUAUGGACAAACUCGGAAUUCAGAAACAAGACGAAAUCAAUUUUAUAUUAGACGGCCUAGAUUAA